AUGUCUCAUCCAAUUUUCCAAGCUAACGAGAACAGCCCAUACGGAGACCUUACAAGAGAAGAGUUUUACAAGCAACAGAAAAUCAUGCAUAAAGAAAGCUUCAUGUUAAACAAACAAAACAUGAAGAUAUUCACACAAUCUUGGCAGUCUGAAAGUAUUCAGUCAAGAGGUCUUGUGGGCAUGAUUCAUGGUUAUACAUCCGAAAGCAGCUGGCUUUUUGAGCUAAAUGCAGUAGCAAUGGCGAAAGCCGGAUUUUUCGUUUGUGCUCUUGACCUACAAGGUCACGGUUACUCAGAAGGCUCACCUGGCUACAUUCCGAGUAUUCAACCCUUAGUCGAAGACUGCAUACAGUACUUCGACUCUGCUCGUGCCAAUCACCCGAAGCUCCCAGCUUUCCUGUAUGGUGAGUCAUUAGGUGGUGCAAUUGCUACACUCAUAUGUCUAAGGCAAAAGACUGUAUGGAAAGGUUUAGUUUUAAGUGGACCAAUGUGUGGAGUGUCAAAGAAAUACAAACCUGUUUGGCCACUGGAGAAGCUACUACCGUUGGCCGCCUUCGUAGCACCAUCUUGGAGGAUUGUGAUCACCAAACCACCUGGAUCAAAAUCAUACAAGGAGGGAUGGAAGAGAAAAAUAGUCUCAAAAAGUCCAAAUUGCGUGGCUUCCCAAAAGCCACCAGCUGCCACUGCAUUAGAGCUUCUCAAAGUCUGUAAAUAUAUACAGAGGAACUCUCAUGAACUAGAAGUCCCUUUGCUGAUUCUUCAAGGUGGGGAUGAUAAGGUAUGUGAUCCUGAAGCUGCUACACUUGUGUAUGAAUCAGCAGGAAGUAAAGAUAAGACUAUGAAGAUUUUCCCAGGAAUGUGGCACCAAUUGAUAGGUGAACCAAAUGAAAGCGUGGAGCUUGUUUUCAAUACUAUGUUGUCAUGGCUUGACGUGAGAGCCGACUUGGCAAAAAUCUAA